UGUCAUGCUUAGCUGGUUUUAAGCACCAAUAAACAACAUAUACUGCUGUACUGUCUACGCGAAACGUGUAAUGAUUCUGAGUUCUUUAUAGGACGAUUGUGUUUUUCAUGCAGGAUAUUGAUAAACAUACGUUUCAGAGCAACGGUGUCUUCUAAAUCGUGUUUCAUCAUACUGUCAACAAUGUGUAAAAAGCACAUAUGUGUCCUGUUUACCUUACUUGCGAAUGGUGUUGUUCUAGGCCUAGGCCUGCGUUUGACCGACCAGGACAGCAGCUUGAAUGCGCUGGAACAGCUGGUGAAAGGUAACACGAUUAGCAUGCAAAGAAGUGCUAGAAGAAGUGUUGGCGAAGACCAGGACUGUAAUUUCACCAAAACAGGCAUGGUAAAUGCGAAUGAUGCAAAAGCCUAUAAUUGUGUCAUUGAAAACAGUGAUUCACAGGCUGUUCGAAUUGAAGUAAAUAGCAGUAAAGCCUUGGUCGACUUGCCCAUUUUAUUUGUUGUGAAACAGCAGAAGAGUGUCUUAUCGUGGGCCGUACCUCAUAUCAUUCAAAACAAAUAUAAAUAUGAUGUAGUCAGCCAUACACUUUGUCCUGAACAAUCAAAUGACACCAACCCCAAGAAGAUCAAUGUCGCUGUCACCACGUCCUCUGAUGUUUCAGUAAAGUUUCAUUUGAAGGUGACACAAGUGCCAAACUUCAAGCUUGAGAUGGACAAGAAAAGUUCUAUUGUAGUAACACCAUCACAAUCUCAGUACUAUAAGUUUAAAUUUCCGGAUGGAAUAAAGUCAGUAAUUGUGAAAGCCACGUCAAAUACCAGCUUAUGUGCAGUUGUUUCGUUGCAGUCUAUCAAUUGCCCAGUGUAUGAUCAGUUUAGAAAUGUGGAAUUUACAGGUGUUUACCAGACAAUGACUACUAAAGCUGCCGUAACUGUUGAGAGGGAAUACUUUAAAGGGGCUGAAUUUUUUGUUGUCCUGGUUGUGCAGCCAGACGACAAGGAGUGCGGCGGCAAGUAUGCAGAAAUUCAACCUUCGCUAAAAUAUGGUGCACUUCAGACAAAUGUACGUAGUAAGACCAUUAACAUAGAGGUUGAAGAAACAUAUGCCUCUACAGAGUAUUGGAGGCCAGUUUUUGCAACCAUUGGUAUUAUGCUUCUGUUUUACCUAGUUACUGGGAUUCUUGUUGUUAUUGCAUCUGCGAGGCAAGUAGAAUCUGAAUUAAGAGAUGGCGAAGGGGCUGCUGAACAGAAAGGGAUUAGCACUGAGCAGCCACUUGGGUCAAUGCAACAUGAAAGUUAUGGUUCUACAGGACCAUCACCCAACCAUGUAAGUCAUGGAGGUACUGGUACCGGCAGUGAGACUAGAAGAGGAUCAGCAAGCUCCGUAUCUGAUGAAGACGACAUUGAUUACUUAGAGGAUAUCGAACAUGAGAAGGAGGUUUACCGGACAAAGGCCGUCCUGUUUGUUUCCGAUCUCUCCAGGAAGGAUCCAAAGUUGAUGCGAAUGAAGUAUAGGCUGUACCAUUGGAACCUCAUUACGAUUGCAGUGUUCUAUGCAUUGCCUGUUAUCCAGCUGGUUGUUACAUAUCAGACAGUUUUAAACAUCACUGGUAAUGAAGACAUAUGUUAUUAUAACUUCCUUUGUGCAAAUCCAGCUGGUGUCAUUAGUGCAUUCAACAAUGUUUUCAGCAACAUCGGCUACAUGAUGUUGGGUAUCCUGUUCUUGCUCCUUGUCUACAGAAGGGAAUACAUGUACAAGAAAGAACUUCAGAUGGGAAACCGAAGAUCAGAGAGAUGUGGAAUACCUAAGCAUUUUGGUCUAUUUUAUGCCCUUGGCAUCUCCUUGUUCAUGGAGGGUGUUCUGAGUGCCUGCUAUCAUGUUUGUCCUAAUUAUUCUAAUUUUCAAUUUGAUACUUCGUUCAUGUAUAUCAUCGCCGGUCUGGGCAUGCUCAAAUUGUACCAGCAACGUCACCCUGAUAUCAACGCUAACGCGUAUGCUUCCUAUGCCUGCUUUGCGGGAGUAAUUUUCAUCGCUGUUUUGGGAGUUGUGAGUUAACAUUUAUAUUUCUUUUUUAUUUUUCUUGAAUAUGUUGUUUUUCUGUACUUGGUAUGCUUUGAAGAAGCAAUAGCACUUUGAGAGGAUGGAAAAAGUAGGAGUUGUAGAAGACAGGAAGU